CCAUGAGAUCAGCUCAUCACCAAUCUCUACAUCAGUGCCUUGACUUCUUCUUUUUCUAUAUCUUUGAAUAUCAUUCUUGCAAGGAUGUCGACUCUUCUGUCGAUUGGAAAUGAGAAAUCUCCGGACUUAAUCGUCCUAUUUACAUGCGCGGAGGUCAUCGAUGAUCUGUUCUUGGCAGCAUUAGAAUGGGGAGAUGAGAGAAGCAAGUCGACACACUAUGUGAGAAGAAGCAGAUUCGAGCGGGUUCCAUGCGUACCCGCUGCAUAUCUCUCAGAUCCUGCUCGUCUCAUGACCAUUACCUUCUAUUACGAGUCGCAACCGCUAGAAAAAGCUGCUGAGCUGGCAACUAAUCUCUACGAUGAAGUAACACAAUCACUAAUCAUAGUGGAAAAUGAUGAAGAAUCAUAUCUGGGAGACCAUGCAGUCGCUAAUACCUUGGCACUUCUCUCCACAUUUUCUCAUAAUGACAGGCGAUCAAUUGUCUGCUUACCUUUUGAUGAGAACUUGGCCAUGAUAUCCACGUUGUUUACUGAUCAUGUUUUUGUGUACAAUGAGGACGGAACUUUAAGCGAACUAGAUAAAUUAACAGAACGAUGAAAGCACGCUUAGUCUGAAAUUUCGUUGUUGGUCAUUGCC